GUCCCGAUGUCAAAACUCAGGCCACCAGUGCUGAUGGCAGGAUGAUCCUCAGCUGCAACAUGACUAAGGCUGACACCUCCAUCGGGGGUCACAAGUGGAUGCAGGGGGACAAGGUACUGCUGGAGGACAAGGAGCCGAGCACUUUCACCAAUUACACGAUCGAGGGGAAGAAGGAAGAGCACUCUGGCAUCUACGAGUGUGUGUACAAAACAAUCCCAGAGAUAAAAGGCGAAGUGCAUGUUGAAGUUCUACCCCAGGUGGUGGCGUACAAGAAGUCUGAGCAUGGGAAUGAGGGGGACACAGGCGUGCUGACCUGCAAGAAUCCCUCUUUCCCCCCCGUUGUCACUUGGGCCUGGUACAAAAACCGAGAGGUGAGCCCCAUCAUCAAUGGCUCUGGUCGAUACAUCGUGAAGUCCAGUGGCAACAAGACAGAGCUCCGCAUUCUUAAGCUGAAUAUCGAGGAGGAUAUGGGUGACUACCACUGCAACGGCACCAACGCGAUUGGCUCUGGCGGUGCGGUGGUGAACCUGCGUGUGCGCAGCCGCCUGGCAGCACUCUGGCCCUUCCUGGGCAUUGUGGCAGAAGUCCUCGUUCUUGUCACCAUCAUCUUCAUCUAUGAGAAGAGGAGGAAGCCAGAUGAGGUUCUGGAUG